UUUAGCGUCAAGAUGAAAACCAUCGUGCUUCUAGUCGCCCUGUUCGCUGUUGCCACCCAGGCAUGGGUCGACAUCGAUUGGUCGAAGGUUCGCCCGAUCGAGGAGUUCGAUCACUACUGGGCUCGUCUGCCGGCUGAGCUGCAGGUGUACCGUCAUGCUCAACCAUCGCACCGUGUCACCAACGGCCAGGAGGCUACUCCCGGUCAGUUCCCGUACCAGAUUGCCCUCAUCAGUGAGUUCAUCAUCUCUAGUGGCUUGUGCGGAGGUUCCGUCCUGACGAACAACUUCAUCUUGACCGCUGCUCACUGCGUGGUCGGUACGGCUGGCAUUCUGGCUACCGGUGGUACUGCCAUCAUCGGAGCUCACAACCGCAACGUGGCUGAGGCGACCCAGCAGCGCAUUCGAUUCUCGGGCCCGGGAGUGUUCCCGCAUCCGCUGUACAGCUCCGCCAACAUCCGUAAUGACAUCGCCGUCGUGCGUCUGGACUCGCCGAUCACCUUCAACGACCGUGUGCAGCCGGUUCGCCUGCCUGCCCGUUCGGACACUCGCCAGUUCGGUGGUUUCAUCGGAACCGUAUCUGGAUUCGGUCGCACCUCGGAUGCCAAUCAGGCCACCUCGGAUGUUGUUAUGUUCACGACCAACCCGGUCAUGACUAACGCCGAUUGCAUUGCCCAGUGGAAUGCUGUUCUUAUCGAACCCCAGAACGUGUGCCUGAGCGGAGAAGGUGGUCGCUCGGCUUGCAACGGUGACUCCGGUGGCCCGCUGGCCGUUCAGGAAGGUGGAAGCCUCCAGAUCGGUAUUGUGUCCUUCGGAUCGGCUGCCGGCUGCUCGAUCGGUAUGCCAUCGGUGUACGCUCGCGUGUCCUUCUUCCUGGACUGGAUUGAGGCCAACUCUGACUUCGUUGUCAGUGCCUAA